AUGGCUGCCGUACAUUCCGGGGACGUGCAAGUAUUGUCGCCAUGGUCUGGAGUCGAUCUUCAUCGGCCCACGAUUGGUGAAGCACCUACAAUCCCGCGGAUACAGCUUCAUGACAUUCGUCAUAAGACAGAUGACGAAGGGCUCGUCCCGCAGAUACUAUCCGGUCUUGAGUCUGAUGAAAAGGAGCUACCUUCGCUACUCCUAUGGAACGGACGGGGCUUGGAACUAUUCGAUGAAAUUCUCGACUCCCAAAAGUACUACCCUGCGACGAGAGAGCCAAAAUUGCUGUCCGAAUGUGUACAAAAGAUAGCAUAUAGCAUCUCAUCGGGAGAAAGGGUGAUUGAGCUUGGGGCUGGAAAUAUGCGUAAGACUGCACUCCUCCUUCGGACAUUGGAAGUUCAACAUAAGAAUGUCGAAUAUUUUGCACUGGAUGUCUGCCGGGCCUCACUCCGAUCCAGUAUCCGUGAACUUCUAGGCCUGUUCCCUUGGAACUACAAGACGAAGAUCCAAGGCCUUCUUGGGACUUAUGAGGAUUGCGCCUCCUGGCUACAUAGUCAAAGCGACCAGCGAAGCUCAGUAACUCUGCUAUGGCUAGGGAAUAGUAUUGCCAAUUUCACACCUGGCGAGGCAUCCGACCUGAUCUCACGGCUUUUUCGGACUGAUCAAUCUUCCUCUACGCCGAUUCAAAUGGUCGUCGGUAUCGAUGGCUGCAGAAAACACGAAGAAAUCUCUGAAUCGUAUGAGAGUGAUAGAUCACGGAAGUUCAUAUUGAAUGGGCUCGAUUCCGCGAAUGAGCUGUUGGGCUCUGAAAUAUUUGUCUCGGCUGACUGGGAUUUCCAAGGCCACUGGAACGCGGAUCAGUGGAUGCAUGAGAGCUUUUACGUUUCCCGGCGCGAUCUCAAUCUUGACAUUGAAGGGCAGCAGUUCAAGAUCAGAGCGGGCGAGCAAGUCCACGCUAUUCGGAGCGGAAAGUGGCCGCAUUUCAAGGUGGCAGGUAUCUGUGAACAGGCUGGGACCAAGAUCGCUGAUAGUUGGAGUGAUCUAGAUAAAUCAUAUGGUAAUCCAGAAUCUUUGUUGCCUCCAUAA